AUGUCGGCCGCCGACGUCCACAGCAUUCUGUAUCGGGGCACCGACCCCUUGCAACAGAAAUUUGAGCCUCAGAAGGACAAGAAAGUGACAGUUCCCCGCUAUUGGCCUGGAAAAGCUCCGGACAAGGCAGAAGACGACCUCUCUGGUUCGUCCGAUGAAGAGGAUGUCGCCAUAAAGCAGCAGCGCAUGCAAGCGGUUCUCCAGGAGAGUAGUCGGUUACAUCGUCUCGCCCGAGCUGCCACGACCGUCAAGCCUGACAUACAGGAGCGGCGACGCAUUCACGAAGCCAUCGUUAUCGAAGCAGCCAAAGAGCGGGGGCUUCUGGCUGAGCAGAAGGAAGAAGAGGAGGAAGAGGAGGAGGAAGAAGAGGAAACAGACGAGGCGCGCGAGCGGCGUCGACGUCUUGCUCUUGCACGGAGACGAGAAGAAGAAAAGCUACUGGAGGAGCAGCAGAAACAACACCAACUUGAGGAGGAAGAAGAGGAAGAUUCUUCCUCUGCAUACACGACAGACAGUGAUGACAACGAGGAUCCCGCUUUCACCGUUCUCCACAAACCGGUGUUUGUACCGAAGGAGAAACGCGAGACAGUGAAGGAGCGCGAGCGACUCGAGGCGGAGGAGGAGAAAGAGAGGAAGGAAGCGGAACAACGCCUGGCUGACCGGAAGAGAGAGUCCAAGAUGCUCCUGUACGACGCCUUGCAGAAGGAAGACGAGGAGAUGAGGACCAACAUGCUCAGCGAGCAGCUCCAGGAGGAUGAAUGCGAUAUGCCCGAUGACACAGAUGGACUGGACGCCGAAGCUGAGUAUGAGGCGUGGAAGGCUAGGGAGUUGCUACGUAUCAAGCGCGACCAGGAAGAGCGCCAAGCGCGCGAUAACUUCUUGGAAGCUCUGGAGAGGAGACGGCAAAUGACCGAGGAGGAGAGGCGGCUGGACGACAAACAACUCGACGCCAUGCAGCCACGGAGAGAAGUCAAAUACAAAUACAACUUUAUGCAGAAAUACUACCACAGAGUAAGCGGCAGUCGCUCUCUUUUAAUCUUUCCUUUCCUUGUCUCUUUGUUCUCUCCGCAGUUUCGUAGCGCUGCUGAGGGUGUGCAAGUGCCGAGUUACUCAGCACUGUUUUCUCAAUGGCGGAGCAUCCUCACCUUUAGUGUCUCGUUUUCCUCCCUGGUCCUCUGCUCUUGCGUCUUUCCUUCAGUUUCUUGCCCCUUCGUCCUUGUCCCUCCAUACGCGUCUUCCUCUGUUCACUUCCUUGAACCUCAGCUACCCUGCGCGACUGAAGCCGCGCCAUGCGCUCCGCUUUCUUCUCGUUUUCCCAAGUCAAUUCCUUCUUUUUUCCUCUUCGUUCGUACGCCACACGCCCCACCAUGCCUUCAUGGACACGGGCACUCACGCGCGGUGUCAGUCCGUGGGGUGCGCAUGCGUACUUUUUCGGUGUCAUGGGGCGCGUGCUUGCGAAGAUGCACCACGCGGCUUCAGAAAUGA